AUGCCCACGCAGCACGUCGAGCCGCAGUCUGAUAACCACCUCGACGAUGUUUCCAACUCCCUGCUCAGGGCACGCAGAGUGGUUGUCAUUACCGGUGCCGGCAUAAGCACCAACUCGGGCAUCCCCGACUUCCGAUCCGAAAAUGGCCUUUACUCGCUGGUCCAGGCUCAAUUCGAUGCCGCCGCUCGGCAGGCGCGUCGGUUUGACCCAGCUGCCAGUGCUGGGGACUGCGAUGGCCGCGACGAGUUCCGUCUUACGAAGCGACGCAAGAUCUGCUGUGAAGACUCAGCAGGAUUUCCCGACGACGAGCCCGCGCAGGCCAAGCAGGACUCUACCCAAUCGUCAGAGCCCAAGCUUUCGCCAUCAUUUCAUCACAAGACGGCCGACGAGAUCGAGCCUGUCGCGUUCCAGCCGGAAGACUGCGACGGCCUGGCUGGCCAGCCAUUGCGUACUCCACAGCCAAAGCUAGCCAUGAUCUCAACGACAGACAUAACCACGUCGCCGCUGUCGUCGCCUCCGGCUGACGACAUGAUCAUCCCCCCGUCCACUUUGCGCUCGCCCACUCAUAAGCGACUAGUCGACGUUACGCUGCCUCAAAGCUCAUCGCCACUAUCGUCACCUCCUCCCGCCCUCUUCGAUUCCUUCAUCCCAAGCUCUCCCUCUGCAGCCAUCUUCAGCCGACGGAGUAGUACCUCUGCAUCCGAGGCAGAUAGCUCCACCCCCGCCUCGAACCCCCUGAGCUCAUCGCACACUUGCAAUUCGAGUAGAGGUGCACUUCUAAACAUGAAGGGCAAGGAUCUGUUUGACGCCACCAUCUGGUCGGACCCUAUAAGGACGUCCGUUUUUUACACUUUUGCGACGUCUUUACGGCAAAAAAUCAAGAUGGCGGAGCCAUCGAGCUCCCAUCGGUUCAUCAGCCAUCUGAGAGAUCGCGGGAAGCUCGUUCGUUGUUACACGCAAAACAUUGACCAGAUCGAGGAAAAGCUGCAAAUCAGCUCAAUAAAAUGCCAUCCCAGGCAGGAUCUUCAGACGGGACUGAAACGGGACCUACGGCGCUCUGGGGUGGAAUGCGUUUUCCUUCACGGGUCUCUCGAGCUCCUGAGGUGCUUUCUCUGCGGAAAUGUCUGCUCGUGGGACGACGACGAGCGCGAAGCAGAGACGUUGACGGGCCAGCAACCCGAAUGCCCGCACUGCGUCGGCGCGACGGCGGCCCGAGAGGAAAGGGGGAAACGGGCUUUGGGCGUCGGCAAGUUGCGGCCAGACAUUGUGCUGUACGGCGAGGAACACCCCAGCUCGCAUCUCAUCAGCCCAAUCGUCACCCAUGACCUUGCCCUGCACCCCGACAUGCUGCUCAUCCUAGGCACGAGCUUGCGAGUACACGGCCUCAAGGUCAUGGUCAGGGAGUUCGCCAAGGCCGUACACAGCAAAGGCGGCAAGGUGGUCUUUGUCAACUUUACGAAGCCGCCAGAGAGCUCGUGGGGAGACGUCAUCGACUAUUGGGUCCAGUGGGAUUGCGACGCCUGGGUUGCGGAUCUGCAAGGCAGGAUACCGACACUCUGGCAGGACCGCGAUCUGCCGCGACCGAAAAAGAAGCGCGAGUCUGGUGGGGCAGUCGAGGGCAAGCAAAAGGGGGAGAAGAAGAGGCAACCGGCGGCAAACCCGGUCGCCUUGCGCGACACAAAGGCCACGGGUGCAUACUGGACAGCCAAGGUGCUCCAGGAACUCGGCAGGAUAACAGAGAAGAUCCUGCCCGCACGCAGGGCUUCGAUGGUGGCGGGCGAGCCGACCAGCCAGUCCACGAGCGAACCCUCGUUAAACGCUCUGCGAAAGAAGGGUAAAGCGAAACCAAAGCCUUCGAGGAAAUCGGCACCGGGGGCGCUGGAGAAACCCAUCCGGCCUUGUUCGGCACUCAACCCCGGCCACGGCAGGGCCGAGAAGAGAGGCAAAGAGGCGGCGGAAGCGGCUGCUGCGAGUGUCGACAACGCGGCGGCCAUCAGCUCUAUCCUGAAUUUGGUCAAGGAGAACCCGAGGAUACGCAAGAGAAAGGUGAUUGACGGAGAGGAAGUGGCAGCACCUUGUGCGCCGCGAAGGCGCGGCCGCAACCAGAGCUACAAGGCGGCGGCGGCGGACCUCAAACUUCCACCUCUGCGAUCUCCUCCGGCGCAACAGUCGACUCUGCCAUGCCUUUAUGGAAGGCCGGAGCCGCUGGAGCCGAGAAGCCCGCCAUCGGGACCGCUCGCAUCCCUGUCACCAAACCUGCGCACCGCAAAAGCUUUCCGAGCCAACCCGUUGUACCUGGACGACCCGAUGCAUCUGCUCGACUCGGCACCUCGCUGGUCACCGUUCUGGGGACACGGCGAGGACGGCGGGGGGCUGCUACUGGGGAGCGGGAACAAGGAGACUGAAGCGAGCCGUGGGUCCGGGUUCAAGGAGCCGGGGGCGAGCGGCUCAAAAAUGAUGGGAGGUCCGCCGCCGGGGCCGAGUCGGGUGUCGAUGGGGAACUUGGAGGGGGAACUGAUGGACUGGGGUGCCAACUGGAGCUGCAAGCGGUGA